AUGAAGCAAAAGUCAACUGAAAGCUAUAGGGAGUUUGCCUAUAGGUGGAGAAAAGAAACGGCAAGGGUGAGGCCACCCAUGACUGAGAAAGAAAUCGUUGAAGUGUUUGUGCGCGUGCAAGAGCCGGAAUAUUAUGAUAGAAACAUGUUGCUCGUUGGAGCAAAGUUUGCCGAGAUAGUCACGAUUGGUGAGACUAUCGAAGACGGUUUAAAAUCAGGAAAGAUAGCCCGUGUAGCCGCAUCACCUGGAUCUUCAGGGUUAUUGAGAAAGAAAAGAGAAGAAGUGUCUCCUCCUCAACAAGGCAGUUAUGACCCUCCCCGACCCAAAUUUGAGAAGAGGCCUUCAAGGAACUUUACUGUGCUCGCUGAAAGCCGGACAAAACUGGCUGUCGCUUCUUUAAGCGUCAAAGAGAAGAAAGAGUUUGUUAUUUUUACACCUGCAAAGGUUGUUGCCUUUGUGCCGUCAGAAACUCUCGUCAAGCCUAAGUUUGUUACUGAAACUGCUGCUGCUCAAGGAAGAUCACAUAACAAGGCGCUGCACAUCGCUGUGAUAUGCCGUGAAAAGGUUGUCAACCGCGUCUUAGUAAAUGAUGGAUCUGGUCUGAAUAUCUGCCCGUUGUCGACGUUGAGGCAGCUAAGGUUUGACCUUGGGAAACUGGAGCAAAACCAGGUCAACGUGAGAGCCUUUGAUGGGGUUCAGAGAGACACGUUGGGAGCAGUGAAUUUGACCAUUCAAAUGGGCCCAGCGGAAUUCAGCGCGCAAUUUCAAGUAUUAGAUAUCGAUACCAGUUACAACCUUCUUCUGGGAAGGUCAUUCAUCCAUAUGGCUGGAGCCGUCCCCUCUACUCUCCAUCAGAUGAUGAAGCUCGUGUGGAAGAACGAAGAGCUGGUUAUUCAUGGCGAGGGGAGUCACCUUGGCAGACAGGUGCCGAUCAUUGAUGAGAUGCCGCGAGGUACAGACUUUUACACGGUAGAGCUGGUGAAUGCCACCGGCGAAGACUUGGCCCCACAGACUCCAAUGCCUGCCGUGUACAAGAUGAUAGCCUAUGUGAUGUUGCAGAAUGGUUUUGAGCCAGGGUUUGGAUUGGGAAGAGAUUCCCAAGGAAUUAUUGAGCCUGUUCCGAUCGUCGUUAAGGGAUCCAGAUAUAGUUUGGGGUACAUCCUCACAGAUGAUGACAUGAAGGUGAAGAAGAAAACUGAUCAAGCCUUGACUAAGCCGAUCCCACAUCUAUAUCAAUCCUUCCCAAUCCGAGAGUAUGCCGAGCAUGAAGACCUUAGGGAAGGAAUAUGUGACCUCUUUGAGGAGAUCGAUGUUGUUGUCGAGGAAGAGGUCGAGCUAGCUGUUAUUCGCGAUGCUCAUCCAGGGGAGGUGCUGCGGAACUGGACCUCCACGCCGAUCCUGAUACCCCAAACUCUUCGGAAGAAAGGCGUCAUUUCAUGCACAUUAAAAUCGGUGGUAUUCCGGAAGAGGCCCGAGACCCACCGUGACGACGAGGUGGACGAUUAUGAAAAAGAAAGUGAGGAACCAGAUUAUGUCGCCAAUGAAUUUCGGCAGUUCGAAAAUCAGCAUAAACCAAAUCUAGAGGAAACUGAAACGGUGAAUUUGGGAGAUUCGGAAUGUGUUAAAGAGGUUAAGAUCAGCACCCACCUAAAUGAAGCUCAGAAAGAGGGCCUAGUUCAUUUGCUUGCUGAAUAUAGUGUUGUGUUUGUUUGGGAAGUCGGUGACAUGCAAGGGUUGAGUACCGAUGUCGUAUCUCAUAAGCUGCCGAUUAACCCGGGGUUUGAUCCGGUGAAGCAAAAAACUCGAAAAUUCAAGCCUGAACUGAGUUUGAAGAUUAAGAAAGAGAUCCCCAAGAACAUAGAGUCCCGAUUGGUGGAAGUUACACAAUAUCCAACCUGGCUGGCCAAUAUUGUUCCGGUCGCCACGAAAGACGGGAAAAUCAGGAUUUGUGUCAACUACAGAGACCUCAACAAAGCUAGCCCAAAGGAUAAAUUUCCGCUGCCGAAUAUUCAUAUUUUGAUUGAUAAUUGCGCAAGGCAUGAAAUGCAAUCAUUUGUGGACUGUUACGCAGGCUAUCACAAGAUUCUGAUGGAUGAGGAGGAUGUAGAAAAGACGACUUUCAUUACACCUUGGGGUGUAUAUCACUACAGGGUGAUGCCGUUCGGCCUCAAGAAUGCCGGUGCCACCUACAUGAGAGAUAUGACGACCAUUUUUCACGACAUGAUUCAUAAGGAGAUUGAAGUGUAUGUGGAUGACGUCAUAGUCAAGUCCCGUGAGAGUUCGGACCACUUGACACAUCUAAGGAAAUUCUUUGAGCGUUUGCGUCAUUACAACUUGAAGUUAAACCCCGCCAAAUGCGCUUUUGGAGUUCCAGCUGGAAAGUUGUUGGGAUUUAUAGUCAGCAGAAGGGGUAUUGAGCUCGACCCUUCUAAAACUAAAGCAAUUCAAGAGUUACCUCCGCCAAAGACGAGAAAAAGAGGUGAAGAUAUUUCUGAGGCAUAUCAGGGUUGGAGAUUAUUCUUUGAUGGAGAGGAAAAUCAUCAAGGUAAAGGCAUUGGAGCAGUCUUAGUGUCAGAAUCUCGUCAGAACUAUCCCAUGGCGGCUAAGCUCCCAUUUGAUUGCACAAAUAACAUGGAUGAAUACGAAGCUUGUAUUCUUGACAUACUCCCAGAAUACAGUGAAUUGGCCGAUGCUCUUGCCACCAUCGCUUCGAUGAUUAAACAUCCAGACACAGAUUAUAUUGAUCCUCUGGAUAUAGAGUUGAAAGAAUAUCCAGUUCAUUAUUCCCAUGUUGAAGCAGAACCAGACGGUUUACCUUGGUAUUUAGUUAUAAAUAAGUAUUUGGAGUCUGGAGCUUACCCUGAAGAUGUUACGUCCAAUCAGAAGAAGUCGAUACGCCGUAUGUCUCUCAAUUUCUUUUUAUGUGGGGAAAUCCUGUAUAAGAGGACUCCAGACUUAGGUCUUUAA